AUGUGCCGUCCGUCGAUGAGCACUGCUUUAUCUGCGGACCAACGCAAUAUCUCAACUAUGGGGAUCCAGCCAUCACCAGGUGCUACCGGGCAAGGGAGUCUCGUACCGGCUAUUUUGUUGGCUUGCAUUGGAAUUCCAGUUGUUCUCCUGGCACGAAGACUAUACCAGAUCCGAAAACUGCGGACACUCGAACAACUUAAAAUUGGCUUCUCAUUUCGACGGCGAACGUCACUCCUCUAUACAAAUUCUCUGUUCCAGGGGUAUGGUGAGACAUAUGCUUCCAAUGUUCUCGGCCACCGAUUGGUUUUCACCUGCAGUGCAGAAAACAUAAAGCAUAGAUUGUCCACAGUAUUUGCCGAUUUCGAUAGUUCUCCCCUGCGGAAACCCCUGUUCGAGCCAAUCACUCCACAUGGGAUUUUUACUCUUGACGGCGCACACUGGAAGAGAAGUCGGGAGCAGUUGCGGAAUCGGCUGUCUAACCUCUGCAAGGCCAUUGACCUGGGAUUAUGUGAACAGCACUUCCAGGCCAUUCUUCAACAUGUUCCACCAAAUGGCCAGGUCUUUGACGUUGACGUUUCUGUUGAUGCCCUCAGCUUUACUCAAUCCCAAGAAAAGAAGCAGUUCGUAGACGACCUUGAUAUCGUCAAAGAGAGGAUCGUGCGAGAUGGUUUUCGUGGCCCACUCCGUCAUUUGGUGCCUAAGCGAGCUUUCCACCGGUCGUGCUGGAGAGCACGGAAAUAUGUAAUGGCUCGUGCCAGGCGGGAAGCUGAAAGACGGAGCAGCAGCAGGAUUGAAAAGACAAAAGGUGGGCGUGCUGGCAAUGAUUCCAACAACAGGUUGGAAGAAGUUUCCCAGUUUGCCGACCAGGCAAUGAGCAUUCUGCUCACAAAUGACAGCAUGAGCACCACUCUCUCGGGUCUUUUCUAUUGCUUAUCCCAGGACGAACGUAUCGUCGAGAAGCUCCGAACGGGCAUCAUCGAUGCCAUUGGAUUUACGCCACCAACGUAA